GUGUUCCUAAUGUUUUUUACACUCCGUGAAUAAGCCACUACAAAGAUGAUCUCGACUAGCUAGCUUGCAACCGCUUAUUCAUAAGAUCAUCUUUCUAUAAGCUUCAUUACCAAAGUGUAUGAUACAGUAUUUAGAUCGAGUCCUAGGUUAACCUGAGCAGAUUGUGUUCUUGUAUCUAGCCAUUGUAAUGUGUAUUUCAUUAUUUACGUAGGUGCAUGGUUGCUCUACAUGUGAAACGACUGUAUGAGUGACGCAUACAACCACAGCACUCCACUACCAUGGGCCAGCGAAGGAGGGGGACGGCUGCCCAAGCUCCCCCAGCAAACAGAAACCCUGACGGGCUCAUAGUAGCUCCCCAGGCCCCAGCCAGGAAACACAACAUUUGCAUGGUGUCAGACUUCUUCUACCCCAACAUGGGAGGGGUGGAGAGCCACAUCUACCAGCUAUCCCAGUGUCUGAUAGAGAAGGGCCACAAGGUGGUGAUCGCCACCCACGCCUACGGCUGCAGAAAGGGGGUCCGCUACCUGCCCAACGGGCUCAAGGUCUACUACCUGCCCCUGCAGGUGAUGUACAACCAGUCCACCGUAACCACCUGCUUCCACAGCCUGCCACUACUGCGCUGUGUGUUCGUCAGGGAGCGCAUCACCGUGGUGCACGCCCACAGCUCCUUCUCCGCCAUGGGCCACGAUGCACUCUUCCACGCCAAGACCAUGGGCCUCAACACGGUGGGUAGCAGUCUAGCAGAGAGGGUGUUGUGAGUGGUGAAUCUAAGCCUACUUUUGACCGAAAGUAGUGCACUAUAGGAAUAUGGUGCCAUUGCAGACGCAUUCUAAGGCAAGACGGUAGCACAGGGCUGCCCAUCCCUCUUCCUGGAGAUCUACUGUCCUGUGGGUUUUCAGUCCAACCCUAAUUUAACACACCUGAUUCUACUUAUUAGCUGCUCAACAAGACCUCAACUAGCUGAAUCAGAUAUGCUAAAUUAGGGUUGGACUGAAAACCUACAGGACAGUAGAUCUCCAGGAAGAGGGUUGGGCAGCCCUGCGGUAGCAUAUCACAUUCCUGAAAUAGCUUUUUAUGUGUCCAUCUAGUAUAAAUAACUAAAGGUUGUUUUCUGUUUUACAGGUGUUCACUGACCACUCCCUCUUCGGUUUUGCUGACGUCAGCUCGGUGCUGACCAAUAAGCUGCUGACUGUGUCUCUGUGCGAUACCAAUCACAUUGUGUGUGUGUCGUACACCAGUAAAGAGAACACAGUGCUCAGGGCAGGGCUCGACCCCAAGAUUGUUUCUGUCAUCCCCAAUGCCGUCGACCCCAGAGACUUCACCCCCGACCCCUCCCAACGGCAUGUCGACAGGAUCACCAUUGUUGUGAUCAGCCGUCUCGUCUACCGCAAAGGUAGGGUGGGAGGGAGGGAGGGGUGAGACUAUAUACUUUAUAUAAUGAUAAAUGUGGACCACGCAUAACAAAAAGAUGAUCUAUGUGUGCCUGUCAUUUAUUAUUACAUACAGUUCCGGUAGGUAUGAUUGUAGGAGUGUGAAGUGUCAUUCCCUGCUCUUUACCUUUUUUAAGGAAUAGAUCUUCUGGGAAGGAUCAUCCCAGAGCUCUGCCUGAAACAUCCAGAUCUACAUUUCCUGAUUGGUGGAGAGGGACCAAAGAGAAUCGUGUUGGAGGAAGUGAGAGAGAAAUACCAGCUACACGACAGGUACAAUUAUACAGUGAUGUGUGUGUGUAUGUAUGUGGUUGUAUGUACGUAUGUGUUUAUAUGUACUGUAUGUAUAUGAGUUGCUUCUCUCUCUCCCCAGGGUGCAUCUCCUGGGGGCCCUGGAGCAUAAGGAUGUGCGUGGGGUGUUGGUCCAGGGACAUAUCUUCCUCAACACCUCCCUGACUGAGGCCUUCUGCAUGGCCAUAGUGGAGGGAGCCAGCUGUGGACUACAGGUAGGUUCAUCCCUUAUUACAACACAGGCCAGGUACAGUAUAUGUUAACUGGUGCACUUUGAGAUAAAGUGGUUGAUACCUGGGACUGGUUGGGUGUUAGUCAGGGAUAGUCUAAUGAGAAGCAGUGGUGGAUUGAGUGGGUGUUUGUGCAUUACGAUUAAUGGGGCAAUGAGGUGAACUUUGUAUAUGUGUGGGUGUUUAGAUGUUGAGUAUGCUUGUGAUGUGAGAGAUUUCAAGAUCUGAUAAUUUUGUGUGUGUGCUUGUAGGUGGUAAGUACGCGUGUUGGAGGGAUCCCAGAGGUUCUGCCUGAGGAUCUGAUCACCCUGUGCGAGCCCACCGUGCAUUCUCUGUGUGCCGGCCUGGAGAGUGUCAUCGCUAGGCAACUAUCAGGCCGGGUUGCCUCCCCCGCCACCAUCCACGCCCAUGUCCGCACCCUGUACACCUGGAGGAACGUCGCAGAGAGGACAGAGAAGGUAGGCUCAAACAUGCUUCUGUUUUACUCUCUAUUUUAUUAUGUUUCAUAAAUCUACACUGUGAUACACUUUCAUAAUACCUUUCAUUGACACAGACUGAGAUACUGAUGAGGUCUAAUUAUAGUGAUACUAACACUGUGUCAAUGCUCUCUCUAUUUUGUCAGGUGUAUGACUGCGUCGUUGGGAAGGAGGUUCUUCCUCUGGACAGACGGCUGCUCAGACUGAGGGCACACUGUGGCCCCGUGGCAGGCUCCAUCUUUUCCCUCUUUGCUGUUCUCGACUUCCUCUUCCUGCUCCUCCUCCGCUGGCUCCUCCCAGACCGCCUCAUAGACAUUGCCAUGGACGCCACAGGCCCCCAGGGAUUGUGGAGGCGGGGCUUGGGCGAUAGGAAAGGAACUCACUCUAAAAGUGCCGUCUUGACAAAGGAGGAGCCAGGUGGUCACAAGACCAAGUUAUGAUCACAACUCCAAGCAGGCACAAGUCCUUAUCCUAUUAUAUAACUCCUGAUAUAUUGAUACCUGACCCCACUACCUUAUGACCUGUGGAGACUGACCAGUCAUUUUUUUUUUCUUGCUCAGGUAAAGUUAAGACUUAUAUUCAUUGUAAUCCCUGAAUGUGAAGCACUCCUGUUUUUAUAUUUCACUCAGUUUGAUUUGAUUUUCAUUUCUCUACCCAUGAUUUGCACUGAAUAACGAAGGGAUAUAGGCGCACAGAAUUAUUUGACAUAGGAAAAAGGUUGAGGGUAUCUUGACCUAUAAUGUAAAUAAGUAAAGUAAAGUUUUUCAUAAUUACCUAUUUUGUCCCUUAACGAUGUUGGUGACCUGUCACUUUUUUUAUUUCAAGAAUUUAUUUUUACUAUUUUCAACAUUGUAGA